AUGAAGUCUCACAAGGCGAGCGGGCGGGGCAUUUCCGAACCUCGCAUCCAGAUCCACCGAGCUCCUCUCAUUCGCCAGGCCAGCUCUUCUCCAAACAUCAAACGACAUCUGCACCUCACAGCCUCGUGCUCGCCCUCCACAACCACAAUGUCCUCCAUGCUACAGAGUUUCCGCAACCUCUCACCGAGGACGAGAAUCGGUGUCGGCAUCGCAUUCCUCGCGUGGGGUACGAUCGGUCUCUAUAUUUCUGAUAACGCGGAGAAGAGGUUAGGGUUCGAGGCUACGGAGAAGGAUCGUGAGGCUCUGGGGGUUGUGGUGCCGAGAAUAACGGUUGUGGAGAGGGAGGGGAAGGGGGACAGUUGAUGUGCGUGUGGCGGAGGAAUACUGGAGAAUGACAUGGUAUGAUACUAUAUGAUAUUGGGGAGAAGGGAGGCCAGCGACGGGAUUCCAGGCAGUCUGCGAAGAUGUGUCUGUCCUAUCUAUCCUAAGUCUUGAGUGUGCUGUUCCAAGCUGGAUUCCGGUCGAGGCUGGAGCUUGAUGAAGGGCACAGCUUGUUGGAAAGCUGCCAGAGGCCAGCUCUCUGUGCAAGGAAAUAGAAACCUGU